CGGAUAACCCCGACCGUCAAUCGUCUUCAUGGCUGACAUGAACCCAGCAAUUUCCUGUUGGUGCACAUGAAGUCGCUCCAAUGCAAAAGUUGCGGCAAGAUCUUCGCGACUCAGGAGAUUCGGUAUCUCCACGAGCAAAAGGAACACGACAUGCACAAGGGAGGCGGCAGUUUUCUCUGUACGAGCCCCGGCUGUGGACGGUCGAGGCCGGGCAAUGGUUUCGCCAGCCGAUGGGUCCAGAUCGAGCACAUCAAGAAUGUGCACGAAAAUAUCCCGGAUUUGCCAAGUCCAACAAUUGGCAAUUGAUUAUCUAGUGAAGCUCUCCCCUAUACUGAUAUGGGCCCGUCUAGAUGUCCAAUCUCCAGCUAAUCCGACGAUAUACUAUCAUUAUCUUGACCUCUUAUCGUACGGUGAAAGGUGCAGACUGACUUCCUG